AUGUUCUCACGCCGUGCGGAACGACCCCGCCCCCAGAAUGCCACCGUCGACAUGUACGAGAGGUCCAAGUCAGCAUCAUCGUCCUCAUCUACGGCAUCGUCCUGGCAACACUUCGGUCACCAAGAUGUUCCGCAGACGCCAAACAAAGAGGUGGAAUUCAUGCCGAAGCCGCCAGGAGGGGCAUUGUUAAUCUCACCAUUUGGGUAUAAGAACGGGCUACGCGAUGCAAGUUCCGAUAUUGAGUCAUUUACGCCAUCCUCAGAAGGAUCUUUUGAAGAUGAGAGGGGCCAAGAGCGCCCUGACGCCCUCGCCGUCGAAGAAGAGCGAGAGCGUUUUGCAAAGCCAGCCUCUGAAUCCAGCGAUAGUGCAGAGUCGGAAAUCGAAAACAAUGACAGGGCACACCGUGGUCAUAACAUCCUUCGAGAAUGCGUUAUUGCGUCCUGUCAGGCUCUGAUAAUGGCCGGUUGCUUCAAAACCCUCACUGUCGCGCCAACGAGUGCACCAACCCUUCAAUCCCUCGCUGCCAACGUCGUCGGUUAUCUCGCCGCUGUCACCGUUACGAGUGGUUUGUUAGGAGCAGAGAAUAUUGCAGAAGGAGGUGGUGAUCUUCAUACCGCAGCGAGUCGUGUGGGGAAAUUGCUGGCUCUGCCAUUGACUUCAUCUCUGUACCAGAUGGGACGGCUUGUGGGAUUUUUGGGAAGGAAUUUUGUUGAGGGCGUCAAGGAUGGGUAUUUGACAUAA